GACAGUCAACCGUGAACAGGAGGAGUUGGAGCAGUUUCGUUCGAUGUUUGACCAAGUGUCCUCCAGCCACCCUUCAGUCAUUCGUAGUGCUACCCACGUACUUCAUGACAUGUUCAACUCGUCGUGCUUGGAUCAUGAGGAACCUGAGGGGGUCGAGCGACCACGGGGCCGACAACCACGGCGGGAAAGGAGUGCGUUUGAGUACAUUCGUGGUCGUGGUCGUGGUCGUGGCCGUGGUCGUACAUCGUCAUCAAGUGGUAGUCAAACAUCUUCGUCGGUGAAUAUGCCCGGCACCGGCAGAAUGGACAUUGAACAUUUUCCAUAUAAAGACAGGAUCCCUAACAUCAUGAUGCCGUUCCUGGACGGGUGGAAUGAUGUGGUUGCAGAUGGUAACUGUGGAUUUCGGGUUGUGGCUGAUGUGUUUCAGAUGGGUGAAGACAACUACGGUUUAGUGCGUCAGUUGAUGUACAGUGAAAUCGCCUCAAACCGAGCUGUUUAUCGCCACGUGUACGGACAGGACUUGGAUAGGUCUCUGCAGCGUAUCCGGUGGGGAGGAGGACGUUGCGGUCAAAAUCAUUGGUUCGACGCGCCCCUUGAUCUCUUCGCCGUUGCAAACAUCUACAAGUGUGCAGUGAUGCAUUUCGGCCUUGGUUUGCAUGGUCGAGCUUACUAUCCGUGUACCACGGUUCUGCCUUGGUGUUCGCGUGAGACCGUCACCAGACCGGUAAGAGAGGUUGCUAUUGGAUUUCUGGGGCCGUCAUACAGACAUUUCAUCCGACUGGACCUGUCACCCGAUUUUCCGGUCCCACCGAUUAUACCAACGUGGUACACCAUUCGUACAGCAAGCGUAGAGGGCUGGGAUGCGUUAUAUCAUGACCGGGUGCAGCAGUGGAACAAUCUAGUUGCCUUUUCUAUGUGACCUAAUAUUGCUAUUGCUAUGUUUUUCCCAUUUAUUUAAUUUUCGGAUUCUAAUUUUCGUA